AUCUAUCUCGCUGCCCCAAUCCCUCUGCGACAUCCUCCCCAAAACCCUCGCUUUUGUCACUCCCCCACCACCGGUUUUGCCAUCUCCUUCGCGAACGAACCUUCACGAUACAGUCGCCGCUAGCUAAAAAAGGAAACGAGUGGAUCGCGGCUUACAGAGAACACUGAAACACCCAUCUUUCUAGUCCUUUCUCUCCGCCCCCCACCGGAAUAUAUUUAAUCUGAAGCCAGUGUUUAGCUUUUGGCUGAAAUCUCCUUCCGCUGCUCCGCUCGUCAGCCGUAGCGCUUCUCCUUCCUCUGACUGUCCGAAACUCUCCAUUUCUCAAGCCUCCUUUUAUUUGCUAUUCCGUUCACUCCUUCGCCUGCACAUCUACCUGGCCGGUGAUCGUAGCGUCGCACCGUAGCAGAUAACCUUCAGACCACAAUUAUAGUCCAGGUAUUAAAUUAUAUUGAGAUUAAUUCAGUGUUUGUUGGAUAUUUCUUGUUCUGCUUCUGGAGCAAUCAUGGAUGUUGAUUCACAGCCCACCAUGGAGGAGACAAUAUUGGUUGGUGAUGACCUUAUGCUAGGUCCACCAUCACCCCGCAUCCCUCCAGAGAUAGCAUCACAUGUUCUUGAAGGUGUUAAUUUGUGUGAUGGAAUUUUGAGGAAUCUUUUUUUGUGUCUGCAAAUUAAUGACAUUGAGCCCUUUUGUCAGGAUGAGAUUAUUUUAUAUCGUCAGUGUGCUGAGAAUAGGGACAAGCAACUGAGACAACGGCUCCAAGAGAGUGAACGUAAAUUGGGUUUAGUCAUGCCUUUGGAACAAGCUAAGGAAAGAGAAGCUCAACUUUUAGCUGAGAUCACGUCCCUGGAGAGGCGCAUGAUUCUUGCGAGUGGAAUAGAAGGCAUUGAAGGAUUUAGACAACGAUGGAGUUUGCAUGGGCGCCUUGAGGAUACCAGGAAAAGGGUGGAAUCAUUGAGUCGGGGGAUCUCUCAAAGGAAAAAUUGAAACUUUGGGAAGAUCAGAGGGAGAUUUCUCAAAGAUUUAUUUGCUUUUACUGUUUCAACUCAUUUUUAUGGGGUUUGUGUUCCCCCAACAAGUUGAGGGCUUCAAAGAUAAACUCCCAAUGUGAACUAUGAGAUCUGAAAGACCGGCUAUGAUGUUGGUCAAUUUGAUUGAUGUCCAUAUUAUGUCAAUCUUCAUAUUGAUUUAAUAAUACUGUCAAAAUUUUCAAUUGUGCAAUGAUUUUGGGGAAUUUAGCUACAUAGCACACAAUUAUUAUACAUUUGUGUUUAUACCACCUGAAUCUUUCAUAUUAUAUUAAGGUGUAUCUGUUCGUGUAUGGGAAAGGGGCAUGUAUGUUA